ACUAAGGCUUUCUGGCUUCCCUGGGCUGUGCGGGUAAUCUGCGGAGCGAGGUAUCAGACUCAGGUCAGAAGGUUUGGUGGCAAAUGUGUACUGUCCCAUCCUGUCCUUCCACGUGUUCCCACAACCCCCAGACAAGGGGUUCUUUGGAUCCACCUCCUCUCUGCCUCAGCCUUUCAGAUUAUUCUGACCAGGAUGUUCAGAGAAACAACAGCCUUGGCCUGUCAUGCUUCAAAAGGACAAAAUAGGCUCAACUUUGUGAAAGUUGAAGAAGAAAAUGGUGUUUGGAAGCAGGACUUAAGUCUUCAGGGAAACCUCCAGAGCCAGGAGGUUUUCCGUCAGCAGUUUAGACAGUUUGGCUACUCUGAUUUCAUUGGGCCCCGGGAGGCUCUGAACCAACUGCAGAAGCUUUGCCAGCAGUGGCUAAGGCCAGAGGAGCACUCUAAGGAGCAGAUCCUAGAAUUGCUGGUGCUAGAGCAGUUCAUGACAAUCUUGCCUAUGGAGCUGAAGGCCUGGGUGCAAGAACACAGGCCCAGAAGUGGAGAAGAGGCUGUGACUCUGCUGGAGGAGCUGGAGAGAGAAUUUGAUGAACCCAAGCACCAGGACACAGCUCAUGGUCAAGAAAUGAUCUGCAAAGAAACGACACUCAUGGGAACAUCAGAGUCUCUAAGUAGUCCACUGCAGUCCUUGGAGAACCAUUGCAAGAGUGAACCCCAGGAGCCCCAGAUUUUCCAUGAGAGAGAUGAGGCAACCCUACCAUUUAGGGUUGAUGAUGAAGAUAGCAAGAUGUUGACUGGGAAAGUAUUGGCAGCAAAGCAAGAAAUUAUUGAAUGUGUUACAUCAGUGGCCAUGGCAUCUCCAGGAAGACUUCCUAGGGAAACUUCUCCAGUACAGAUAGUUGAAGAAACUAUGGAAUGUCUGUACAACAAUGAGAAGCAAAGAGGAAGUGAGGAUACAAGCAACAAAACAAGUCAGCUUUCUUCUCAGGAAGACUAUUUCAGCUUGGCAACCUUUAACAAGAAACCCCCUACAGAACAGAACAUCUUUGAGUGUAAUGAAGGUGACAGGAUCCCUAGUCAAAACUUACAUGGUACUACACGGCCCAGAACUCACACAGGGAAAUUGCUCUAUGCAUGUGUAGAUUGUGGGAAAGCUUUUUGCAAUAGGUCAAAACUUAUUAGACACCAGAGAAGUCACACUGGAGAGAGACCUUAUGCAUGUAAAGAAUGUGGAAAGGCCUUUGGUUUCAGAGCAGACCUUGUUAGACAUCAGAGAAUUCACAGUGGUGAAAAACCCUAUAAAUGUUGUGACUGUGGAAAAGCUUUUGGGAGCAACACAGGGCUCAUUAGGCAUAGGAGAAUUCAUACUGGAGAGAAACCUUAUGGUUGUGAUGAAUGUGGGAGAGCCUUCAGCCAAUGUUCUACUCUUAUUCAGCAUAAGAAGAUUCACAGUGGAGAAAAACCUUAUAGUUGUGAUGAAUGUGGGAAAGCCUUCAUCCAGAGCUCUGCCCUUAUUCAGCAUAAGAAGAUUCACAGUGGAGACAAAAGCUAUGAAUGUACUGAAUGUGGUAAGGCUUUUUGGACAAGUUAUGUUCUUAGGGAACAUCAAAGAAUCCACACUGGUGAGAAACCUUAUAAAUGUAAUGAAUGUGGAAAAUCCUUUAAUAGAAGCUCAGCACUCACUGUGCACCAGAGAACUCACUCUGGGGAGAAACCUUAUGAAUGUAAUGAAUGCAGGAAAAUAUUUAGGCAUAGGUCAGGCCUUGUGCAGCAUCAGAGAACACAUACCAGAGUUCAGCUCUAAGGGUAAGUGGUUAUACAAUUGUGA